AUGCUCAAAGGCCAAGCCUUGGAUUUUUACUAUGACAAUAAGGAAAUAUGGGAAGCAAGUGACUGUGACCCUGUUGAAGGAAUUCGUGCCUAUUUCGAAGGCCCAGAAUAUCAUCGAACCAUACUGGAUAAGUGGAGCGGAAUUUCGCUUCAAAAUAUAGUCGAUGAGAACCCAGAGAAGACAUUAAAAGUAACUCGUACACAUCCAGCAUGCCAACUUGCAACUUCAAAGCAACAAGAUACAGUUCCUGGACUAACCCGCGAUUUACAAUCAGGUGUUAGCCAGUACGAGGACAUGAUAAAAGCUACAAAUGGACGCCGCACUGCAAACCCCAGCACCAACGCAUACUUUACGGAUUGA